CCUUGACCAAAAGCUUUUCUUCAGUUUUUCUUACAUCUAGCUUUAUUUCUACCAAGGCUAUGGAGGUCACAAAAACUAGUAGAAAGAAAACUAAUGGAAAUGGAAGACACCAGGUUCUCGAUCAUGAACCCAAGAGGAACCCAUACAGGUUUUCGAAAUCGAUAAGAGAGAAUGAGAAGAUGUUAGAGGAGAUGCAACAACAAAUGCUUGAACUCGAAAGAAAAAUUACAGAGAAAAAGCUUUAUCAUGAAAAAGCCAUCUCUAGACUGAAAUACAACAUGCGGUCCAGAUGGAUUUAUCUUAAUGGAGAAUGGUUAUCGAUCGAGGAUAACCCGUAUUUCCGAUUAGAGUGUCCCAAGAAGAUGGAGCUAGACAAGUUAACUUUCGCUAAUAGCGCAUAUCGUGACAAGAAAGCUGUUAUAUCAUUCUCCUCUGGGAAACAAGAGAUUAACAUCCAUAACCUAAACCAUCGGAUGUUACACGAGGCACAAAGCAUGGAUGGUGAGAGACGCCUUCUCAAGAUGCUGAGUCCAAGUAAAGAUGACGACUCUUUGGUUUCUUUUAAGCAAACAAAAGAAGAGGUUAAGUGUAAAUUGUAUUCGUUCUACAACCAUAUUUAACUAAUUUUUUUUUUGAUAAAUAUGGUCGUAAUAAUGUUUUCUAAAAUCGGUCUAUUUGUCUAGAACAGAUGUAUGAGUUAUAUAGGUUGAUAAAAUUGCCAGUAUAUAGCCAUCAACCAAGCACAAUUGACAAAGAAGAAUGUGAGAGAAAGCUAAAGGAACUUGAAUUGAAGAGAGAUCAAGGAUUAAUUAAUGCUCCUUGUAAAGCUUCUCUAUGGAAUUCAUUACCUUCUACCAAAGUCUUACGCAACAAGAUUCAGGAUAUGGAGGCAAUAAAUGAAGAAAAGAGGAAAAUUGUUUUGGUAAGAAGAAAGGAGAUAGAGUCGGAGGAGAAAAAGAUAAAGAAGGCAGAGAAGGAGAUCAAGUCUAUGAAUAAAAUGAUGGAGAUGAUUUUCAUCAGAAAGAGAGCUCUGGAAACCAUUUCACAUGAAAAAAAGAAGUAUGUGUAAUAGUUGAAACUUAAAACCACAAGUCGUUAAUUGUCCAAAAAACAAAACCACAACUCGCUACUUGUUUAAUCUCAUAGUCUCAUUGUAACAUCUAAUACUCUUAGACAAAUGUUCAUAAAAAUAAUAAAUGAACACUGGAGUGUGUCAAAACCAUUCAAGUGUUGAUUGAUUAAUGAAAUCUUUCCACAUGUUCGGUUUUCAGAGUUUUUUUAAAAACACUAGAACCAAAAUUGAUUCGGUUUAGAGAAAAGAAUUCUGUUUUGGCCAUCUAUGUCUUUGUAGGCUAUGGAGGUCAGAGAUGAAGAAAAUAGGAAAAUGGGUUUGGUAAGAAGAAAUAAGAUAGAGUCCAAAGAAAGAAAGAUAAAGAAGGCAGAAAAGAGUU